GCCUUUCACAUCCUCGUGCACUGCCGAACGUGUUCUCGCCGUGUUCGAUUCAGCGUGAGAAACGGCAAAUACAACUACGACAAUCAUAAGCGAAGCCACUGGUUGUGAUUUCACGCUGCUGCAACACCCGUCGCAAAAGUGGGAGGCCCAGGUAAGCAACGAAUUUAACCGUCUGCACCCGCUUUGAGGUGUGCUUGUACGUAGGGAGCAGAUAGUCGUUUGCACGUUUCCGAUGCCACCGAAGCGUCCUGUGCGGUCGUCGAGCAACAAAAGCGUACACAGACCCGCAGCGACCUACGCGAAGUCGCGCGCGCCGUCGCUGCAGGAGGUGUACCUGCGCUUUUGUGCAGAAAUGGGUUUGCGACCCAAUAGCGCCUUCCUGAGUCUCUUGCCUGAGAAGGGCGGCGUGGACUACGGCAAAGCCACGUUGGAUCUCAGCCGCAACUACGUCGGCGACAAAGGCAUCGCUCCCAUUCUUUCCACGCUGCAGCGGAUGCCCAGUGUGCGUGCCCUGAUCUUGUCCGAGAAUGGACUACGCAACCACGGCGUGGAGCUGCUGUGCACGAGUGCGGCCCAGCUCUCGCAAUUGGAGUUCAUUGACUUGUCCGACAACUUCAUUAGCGAAGGCGCCGCCGUCGCCCUCGGGAGGCUCCUGACGGAAAAUCGCAACAUCAAAGACAUUGUGUUUGAAAAUACAAAAAUUCCAGUGGGAUGGCGGGUACGACUGCUGAAUGCGCUGGAGACGAACCGAAGCGUGCGGACUCCGGUGCGGGUCAGCUGA